ACUCCGCUUUAUUGUUGAUUAACUUUUAAUCGCUCGGCGGGUCCUCUCCCCCCUAAAAGGGACAUCCUCGCUUUAAGAGCCAUUUACUCCCCGGCCUCUGGGACCGAUGUCGUGCUGCUCAGGCCGCCGCCAGGCCCUGUGAUACUCUCUGGCUGUCCGCCUGUCUCCGGAUUGCAGCCUCAGGGGUUGGGGAGGUACAUCACUGACUGACCGCAGGCUCGGCCCCAGUCACAGGCCAAACCGCCCCGCUGUGUGAGGGAUCUGCUACCGGGGGGUAAAGACCCGACCGGACAACAGCAGCAGUAGAAAUGAUGGAAGAAUUGCACAGUCUGGAUCCACGGCGACAGGAGCUACUGGAAGCAAGGUUCACUGGGAUGGGUGUCGCCAAGAUGCCAGUAAAUGAAUCGUCCAAUCAGAGCUUGUGUAGCUUGGGAUCUCUGAGUGAUAAGGAAUCUGAGACACCUGAAAAGAAACAAAGUGAGCAGCGAGGGAGGAAACGAAAAGCGGAUGCGUACAACGAGGCCAAUCAAGGCAAAGGCACUCCAAGGGGUCAUAAAAUUAGUGACUACUUUGAAUUUGCUGGCGGCAGUGUCACAGGCACUAGUCCAGGGCGGAGUGUACCUCCUGUAGCUCGUUCGUCCCCGCAGCAUUCCUUGUCAUAUUCAUCACCUUCUGUUCAGCAUGGCAGUCCUUCGUCAGUGGGAUCGGCCAACACAGAACAUUCCUGUAGUUCACAAAAGAUCAUUAAUGUACAACACAAACAAUUACAGACAGACUUCACGCUGGAAAAACUAACUGCCCUGGAAAGCAGUAAAAAUUCUGACCUGGAGAAAAAGGAGGGAAGAAUUGACGACUUACUAAGGACAAAUUGUGAUUUAAGAAGACAAAUAGAUGAACAACAGAAAAUGCUUGAAAGAUACAAAGAACGGUUAAAUAAAUGCGUGACGAUGAGUAAAAAGCUACUAAUAGAAAAGUCAAAACAGGAGAAGCUUGCCUGUCGAGACAAAAGUAUGCAGGACCGUCUGCGACUUGGGCACUUCACUACGGUGCGGCACGGGGCCUCCUUCACUGAGCAAUGGACAGAUGGCUACGCAUUUCAGAAUCUUAUUAAACAACAGGAACGAAUAAACACCCAGCGAGAGGAGAUUGAGCGACAGAGGAAGCUCUUAGCAAAACGGAAACCAGCAGCAAUGUGUCAGAUGCCACCUACAAACAAUGAGCAAAAACAGAGGAAGAACAAAGCAAAUGGAGCAGAAAACGAGACCUUGACUUUAGCGGAAUACCACGAACAGGAAGAAAUCUUCAAACUAAGAUUAGGACAUUUAAAGAAGGAGGAGGCAGAGAUACAAGCAGAACUAGAGCGGUUGGAACGAGUACGCAAUUUGCACAUAAGGGAACUGAAGAGGAUACACAAUGAAGAUAAUUCACAAUUUAAAGACCAUCCUACAUUAAAUGACAGGUAUUUGCUACUACACCUGUUGGGACGAGGAGGCUUCAGUGAAGUGUACAAGGCAUUUGAUCUACAAGAGCAGAGAUACGUAGCAGUAAAAAUUCACCAGUUAAAUAAAACCUGGCGGGAGGAAAAGAAAGAAAAUUACCACAAGCACGCCUGCAGAGAGUAUAGGAUUCACAAGGAGUUGGAUCAUCCCAGGAUAGUCAGAUUGUAUGACUAUUUCUCAUUAGAUACGGACUCGUUUUGUACUGUUUUAGAAUAUUGUGAAGGCAAUGAUCUGGAUUUCUACUUGAAGCAGCACAAGCUGAUGUCAGAAAAGGAAGGGCGCUCCAUCAUCAUGCAAGUGGUCAAUGCUCUGAAAUAUCUGAAUGAGAUCAAGCCCCCUAUCAUUCACUAUGACCUUAAGCCAGGUAACAUUCUACUGGUGAACGGAACAGCGUGUGGAGAGAUAAAAAUCACAGACUUCGGGUUAUCUAAAAUCAUGGACGAUGACAGCUACAAUUCAGUAGAUGGGAUGGAACUCACAUCACAGGGAGCAGGGACAUACUGGUAUUUGCCUCCUGAAUGUUUUGUGGUUGGGAAAGAGCCCCCUAAGAUUUCCAAUAAAGUCGAUGUAUGGUCGGUGGGAGUUAUCUUCUAUCAAUGUCUGUAUGGACGCAAGCCAUUUGGUCAUAACCAGUCUCAACAGGACAUCCUUCAGGAAAACACAAUUCUGAAAGCUACAGAGGUGCAAUUCCCUCAGAAGCCAGUGAACAGUGCAGAAGCAAAGGCCUUUAUUCGUCGCUGUCUGGCAUAUCGUAAAGAGGACCGAAUAGAUGUUCAGCAACUUGCCAGUGACCCAUACUUGAUGCCUCAUAUUAGAAAAUCAGUAUCCAGCACCAGCCCAGGUGUGGUUGCAUCAACCUCUGGAUCAUCUAAUAACAACAGUUCAAACUGAGCAUGUGGACGAUCCACUAAGAGGGUGCAUACACAAAAGGAGUACAGAAUCUGUACUGGUAAUAUCCUGAUUUGUACCAGGUGUUUUCUCUGUGUCUGUCCAGUGUGGGGAAGAACGUCCUCACAGAUUCUCUAAAGCGAGAUGGGCAGAGACUGCGAUGCUCCAGGCUGGAAGUAAGGAGGCGAUGGCAGAGGCUAUGAAUCACGGACCAUGACUGAUGGCUGCUAAUGAAAAGGACAAUGAUCAGAAUCUGCAUCUUUCUCCCAUAUCCCUUGGCUGUAGCUCAGACACGGCUAUGAACUGAAGGUGGCUGUGUGCUGGAAGAGAGUAAACAAGAUGGGUGUUUGUUUUUAAAUGCUUCUGAGAUAUCUUCUAUCUGUACCCCUCCCCACCCCCCAUCCCGAACGCACACACGGACACACACACACACACACACACACACACACACACACACACAAACACGGACAGUUCCCUGCUAACGUGCAAGGUGAAUUGGUGACAACUGUUCCAUGUUGAGCACAAAUAAGGGGACUUGAUUGUUCCAAAGUUUGGAGUUGCCGGUUGGUGCUGGUGGCUGUUUUUGAGUCAGAUACACACACCGUCCUGCUUUCUUAUAUUAGAAAAACACUUUUUCCUCUUCCUCAUCCUUCACAUGCCACCACCCCAUGCUCCAUUUACUUUCUGACUCUGUUGCUUUUUCUUGCACUGCUCCUGCAGUACCUUAAUAUGUUGCUCACUUUCUGCUCGAGUGGAUGUAGAUUGAGAAACAGACAACACUAAGGCUUUGAGGAGCCUGCAACAGGAAAAGUACCUUGAAUUGACACUGAAACACCUUCUGUUUUAGCCUCUUUUUGUCUGUUUUUGUUUGCUUUCUUGUCAUUGAUUUUUUUUUUCGGUUUAUUCCUCUUGCUUAUGUUCCACAAACCUGGCAAUUCACUUCUGCUUUGGCAGGCUGCUGCUUUCUGAAGGUGUAUUCUCAAUUCAGUUGGCAUUUCUAUGAGUGUAAUAAUAUUUGUGAUCCAUUGUGGGUUUCCAUCUAAUUUUUUUAAAUUUUGAGUUAAAUAACUAAAGAUAUUCAUCUAUCAAAUUGCCGUGUCUGAUUUCCACGUAACUUGUUUUAUUUUCACUUUUCAGGAGUAAAUCUUUAAGGAUGGGAUGUUGUCUUCAUACACUAAUAGUUCAAGUUCAGAGAAAUGAAUUAUGAUGGUUUAUGGUCUAGCUCAGAUGAGUAAAAUUUGGUGAUCUCACGUCCAUGCAUUGUUGUGCACCAAACAACAAGUUAACACCUUAAAUACUGAUCAUAGACAAACCUACCUUGGGACAGGGUUUGGACACAGUGGGUCAGAUGUAUGAAAAGCACCCCACCCUUAGGAGAUACUUAAAUUUCUGGAGAAGCAGAAUAUAGUUCUUGAACACUUUCUCAAAUAUAAUACCAAACAUUCCUUUUUACCUUGAGUUUGAGGGAAAAGUAGCAACAAAAAGUGCAGAGUUAUUUUUAAAGGGUAAAUUUCUUAUUGUUUUGGAGUAAAAUUUAGUUAAAUGAGACAACUUCAACUCCGACUAAUAUCAGAGUCUUGCAGAACAGAAUGAGACCACUUAACCCAUCAAGCCUGUACUGCCCCAGUUUUAUUUUGUUUGGUUGGUUAAUCCAUUUGAGCAGCCUUGAAUGAAAUUAUCACGUUUGCUUUCACCAAAGUAGAACAAGGACUCCAUAUUUGCAAAAUACACUAUAUGCGUAUUGUUUUUCCUUUGAAUUGAGAGCCACUAUUGAUUUAUCAGUCAAGGUUAACUUAAUCUGCACAUUAAUAAUGCUUACCCUUUUCUGGGGAGAAUAGUCUUGUUCCUAAAUUCUGACUAGGUGCAGUACCACAGAAAUCUUGGAAAACAGUAACAAAUAGUGCACUGGCAUCCAAAGUGGAUUGGCUUAGAUUUGAGAGCGAGGGUGCUGUGCUCUCAAUUGCAGCAGUUUUCUCCCUUGCUUUCCCUUCCCAUAUGAUUCCUUUAUCUUUCAUUUUUCCCUCUGUAACAUUAUCCUAUUCCUACCUGGUAUGAGUAUGACCUUUCUCAGUGGGUCUCAGUGCAUCACUGUUGCUUAUCCACCUCCAGAAUUUUCAUCAGCAAGUUUCUUGAGGUCACAGACUGGCCCCUAAUAGAUAUGUAAGUUUCAGCCAAUGUCCUUGCACACAGAACAUCUUUGUUACCUGGAAUCAAUCUAUUAACCCUCAUACCAAAGCAGAGAAUGUUUAAGGAUCUUCCUUUUAUUAAUAGGGAGCAAAUAGGUCUUUAUUUUCACAUUGUGAAAAGUUAAGAUCAAAGUACUCAUUGGUAAGAUAAUGUGUGACGAAUUAACUUUCCCUCUGGUAUAGCUUAGAAUUCAAAUCCAAGCCUGUUCAGACAAGGAUAUUGCUACAUUACAAAACUAGAGUGCAGCUUUGUGUGGUGAAUUCUGAUAGAGCAUUGAGAAUAUUAGAUGGUGAAAUUGCUUAAUGUGGAAUGUACUACUUGGGUUGGAUACAAGGGAAUUGUAAUUUCACAAAACUUAGUGCAAAUUUACCCAGUAACUUGUUUGAAGGGAUUUUGCUACAAAUCCUGCUAGUCACUGUUAGUCAGAAUCUCAAGGUUACAAAUUAUUUAGCUUUGGAAUUGUUGCUAAAUGUUGCAGUGGCCUGGCUUGAUGGCAUUUGGUUCCAAAAAGUGAAGGUCCGCAUAAUUGAUGUAUUCAAGCUUUCUAUUGCAGUCUUAAGCUCCUAUGUCUGACUUGGAUUCUCUGAAGAUUAAGGCAUUGCCUGGAGUGGCAUCUACAGAAGCUUCCUUGUUGAAAUAUGGAAAAAGUGACUACUUAAGAUAAUAAGUCAUUAAUUUGCUUAAAUAAAUUAGAUUUGUUCCUCCCUCAGAUUAAACUGAAGUUUGAGUUUGUAGGCAGCUACAGAAUCGUUAUGCCAUUAUUAUUGAAAAUAAGGGAACUUUGAGGAUAUAUGGUUAUUGCCAUCUGGUUUUGCCCAGAAGUUACAUUGAUGCUGCAUGCAAAGUAAAUAUUCAUGUCUACGUUUAGAGGGUGCAGGAAUAAAGUAAUACAGCAAACCAGUCCGGUUGAUCAUCAAUGCUAAUGCUGAUCUAGAUUUAGUGGCACUGUGUGUGCAGAACAUUUUAAUAAGUCUCUAACUGAGGUAGAAUCAUCCACACUGCUACUAAUAUACAAUAACCAGCCUGCAUUCUCCAGCUGUCUCUAAAACAUCAUUAAGGUCUAACAACACUGGACUGGUCAAAUGUCUUUUCUGUUUUAUUUUUAAAUUAAGUUCAACUUUUGUAUUGAUUUUAUUAAAGGACCAAGGCAAAAUAUUGCACAGUUCAACUCCGGUAAAAUGCAGUUUGGCAGUCUGUGGUAAUCACAUUUGGUUGGCUUGUGAAAUAAGUCGUGUUUCGUUUUCUUAGAAAAUCAUUAUCUGAAAUUAUAGGUCCUAUGCAGACAUUCUUGGCGGAACGGCUCAGAUAGAGGUACAUAGUCUAGCUCCUGGGGACUUGCAACUAGAGGGUACAACUUUCAAAGGCACUUCUGCCUAGCUGUUUAGGAUUGGUGCUUGUAUUCUUGGUAACAAAGCCCUUCUAAGAAGAAGUAAUUUUGACUGUAACUCUUAGUAUUGCUCCCAAAUUUCUGGGACCGUACUUUUGUUUCUCUUGAGUCUGAAAUGAUGGUGGAUUGUGGGAGGAAGGAAGAUCGUAGUAAAAUGGAGGUAGACUGACUAUGUCCAAAGCCGAACACAAACUGGAAACUUUGCAUUCUCUGGUCGUAAUCUACUUGGAGAACUUGUUCACACAAUCAUUAAUCUAGUUGUCAGUGCGAACAGCAGGCAUUAUCAUUCUGAAGCAAACAUUCUCCCAGAAAUGGAAAUCUACAAUCAAAACAAGAACAUUGUCUCAGAAUAAAUCUUAAUAUCAGCAGAGCAAGAUUAAAUUAUGUUUUUGGCCAAGAGAAUGUUAAUCAGAUAGAUGGUGUGAACAGCAGAAAUGGAUCCCUGGAAAAUGUCUAAAAAUUAGGUUUGUGCACAUCCCUUUUCAGUGGGUCAAUACAACUUUUUUGCACAGUUGGUCAUUCUAAGUGUGAGAGAUCAUAUUUUAUUAUUUCUCCAGCAGAGUGAGAAUACAGUCAUCUUGAUACUAUUCUUCUCAACCUGUUUGCUUAGAGUCACCCUGUUUUCACUUAAAGCUCUGGAUUGUUUUGUUUUCCCCAUCACCAACUCACCUAUCUAUUUAACAUUCAUUUCACCUCUCAAUAUUUAGGCAUGUGUAGCUAAUGGAAGGUGAUGUUUUGCACAUUAUUGAUCAGCCGUUAAAAGAUGUGGCGCAAAGUGACUAUGACUUGAGUUGCCAACUAAUUCCUCAGAAAAGUUACUCUUGUACCUUUUUUGAAUAAUUUUAAAUAUUUUAAAUACUGGAGCUGCUUUUCUUCAGGGAGGAGACCUUGGUGCUUACAGACAAAUCAUUCUGUUUGCUCCUGUUCCAAUAAAUAUCCAACAGAGUUAAAGAUGUUCUUAGAGUUCGUAGGUUAUUAUGGUGGAUUUUAUGAGAACUUGAUAAGUCUUUUUAGAAGAUUGGAAAGUUAAUCCAUUUAACACUGAUUGUAAUACCCUGCAGAAUUUCCAUCACACAAGAUCAAAAAAGUACAAGAUUUUCUUAGUGGGUUUAGUCAGUCUCCACUAUAUUGGGUUGGAUCAUAUAUAAUCAUUUUAUUUUCUGGAAACCGUUUUUCAAAUGAGGAUUAAAGUAACUCUGACUUUAUUAAAACAAAUUGGUGUCGAAUUUUUGGAUCCCAGUUUUUAAAUGCAUACUGCUUUAUGGAAAACACCCACGUUUUGUUUGUUCCAUCAAUCACUUCUGUUUGAAAUUUUAUGUUCCCCAGUUCAUUCACGCCUGGCAAAUAAUCUUUGAGUUCCUCCUCCUUCUCCUUCUCCUUCUUCAUCCUCAUGUUAUUUUCUCUUUGCUACCCCAAUUUACCCACAGAUCCCCAAAGGUGCAACCCACAGCUAAAUCCUUCCGCAGUCCCCUUAUGGCUGAAUGUCAUUCAGCACUUACAUACGUGCAGAAACUUUGGUUUUUGAGUGUUCCUUUCAGUUUAUUUCAUUGCAGCUAGUUUAAACACUGUGAAUAAUUCCUGGUUUGAUAAGCUUUUAGACCAGUUUAUUUCUCCCUGUGGUUCCUCUUUCCAACUAUUCUGUUUUUUUUAAAAUGAAAUUUGUACAAAAGCCUCUAUUUAACUGUCUACUGUAGUGGUAUGAUGACGAUUCUGAUUUCAACUACAUGAGCCUCUCCUAGACUACAGCUUUACUUUUAAUGUACAAAAGAUAAACAAAAUGAAGGGGUGAGUUUAAACCGGUACGGAUAUUUUCUUUUGAAUCAAAAGGAAGGUACCAUGGAGCCCCUGUGAGUAUGUGUCACUGUGAAAUACAUGCUUGGUUAAUGACCCAGUCUAUGGAUGAGGGUUGCUGUGUAUAUUUCAAUAAAUUGUAUUGCUUUGACUGUGCGGAAUCCAAACCGUUAGAUGUACAUUGAUAGCUGCUGCA